AUGAUUACUUGUGACCCAAACAGUUUAUUCUUUGGAUUUAUGGGAAUUGCAGGAUGUUUGAUUUUUGCAAACUUGGGAGCAGCAUAUGGAAUUGCUAAAUCAGGUGUUGGUAUUUCAUCAAUGGCUGUAAUGAGACCGGAUUUGAUCAUGAGAUCAAUUAUCCCAGCUGUUAUGGCAGGUAUUCUUGGUAUUUACGGUUUAAUUGGUUCUUUAGUUAUUUUCUUCCAGAUGGGAGAACCAAAUAUGUAUUCUGCCUACACAGCUUAUGCUCAAAUGAGCGCUGGUUUAGUUAUUGGUCUCAGUAGUUUGGCUGCUGGUCUCGCCAUUGGUAUUGUUGGUGAUGCCGGUGUUAGAGCAGCUGCCCAACAGCCAAGACUUCUUACUGGUAUGAUUUUGAUCUUGGUUUUCGGUGAAGCCUUAGCUAUUUAUGGUGUCAUUAUUGGUAUCAUUAUGGGUACUACGAAGCCAACAGGACAGUUAUGUGCAUCCUACAUUUAA